AUGACAUCACAAGCCAUAAUGAUGACUGAUGAGACAUCAUCUUUAUCCUCUUCUUCAACUGAAUCUUCAUCAUCAUCAUCAUCAUCAUCAUCAUCAUCAUCAUCAUCAUCAUUUUCUUCAUAUUCGACUGAAUCAUCAUUAUCAUCAUCCUCAUCUUCAACUGAAUGUUCACCAUCAUCCUUGAGUUCAGCAAAACCUGUAAUUACGAAAACAACAUCAAAUAAACGAAAAUUAAUGUUAGUAACUAAUCAUUCUCAUUUACCAAAUCCAGCUGAAUUAGAAGUCCGAAAUUUGAGAGAAAAAAUGCGACAAAGAGCUGAAAGCGAAAUUUUACCAUUACAAAUAAUCGCUGAACAAGAAAUGCGGAAUGCUUUGCUAACAGCUGAAGCGCUUGCUGUUUUACCUGGUGUAACUAAUAUUGGUCAUAAUUUAGUACAUAAUCGUCGUAAAAUGAUUCCUCCAAUUCCACAAUCAUCUUCUUUUCUCAUUCCGGAUUUAUACACAGAAGAUUAUCAUAAUAAAGAACGUUUAUUAUUACAUGAUAGUGAUGAUCCAAAAUUUCAAAUCAAUGUAUCUGGAGAUGUUCGAUCUGCAGGAAGAUUAUUAGUAUGGUCAACAGAUGUUCAACUUAAUUUAUUAUUUGAUAGUCAAAAAUUACACAUGGAUGGUACAUUUUGUACUGCACCACCAAACUUCGACCAGGUGUUUAUUAUUCAAGCUAUUUUUCAUGGAACAUGUGUGCCGGUAGUGUAUGCACUUCCUCCCGCUCGUAAAACAACAACAUAUAUUCAUUUAUUUCAUAUUUUAUUUUCUGAAGCAAAAAGAUUCAAUAAAAAAUUUGAUCCUCUUCUGAUUAUGACAGAUUUUGAACCAGGAAUUGCUAAAGCGAUUCGUCUCGAGUUCACAGAAAAAACUGUCCAGAAAAGAUGCUUUUUCCAUUUUUCACAAGCUGUAUAUAAAAAUGUUCAAUCACUUGGUUUAUCGUCAACUUAUUUAGAUAAUAUUAUGAUACGUAGUGUUAUUAGACAAAUUAUGGCACUAGCUUUAGUACCUGAACAAUAUGCUCCAUAA